GAUUCUGGGAAUUCCAAGUCAUUGGGUCCAGAAAAGAAGAGUUUUUUCGUGUUCUUCAGUCUUCAGUUUCUGUUUGUUUCCUAAGAAUCGGUAGAAGCCGACAAUUUGAUCCUUCAUUCUCCUCUUCAAUUUUUCAUUUUAUGUUUUAUUCCUUUUUUUUUUCACAUCAAUUCGAUCGUUCACCGUUUAUGAGUUUUGCAUUCAAAGGAGGUUUAAAACUUUUCAGAUUCGGAACUGGAGGGGUGUGUUUAUGUUGUCUCAAAGUUUAUUAGAUUAGCGGUACAAUAAUAAGAGCAAUGCAAAAGGAUCAUGGUUCUAGUGCACCAUCUACGCCUACUUCCGCCCGACUUCGGCACCGGCGACGUUCCAAUGAGUUUAAUUUUGAGAUGAGCAAAACAAAUGGGAAUCAUUUGCUUAUCAAUGAUCACGACAAAUAUAAAUCAAUGUGGAUUCGUGCGUGUUCAUCUCUGUGGAUGCUGGGGGGCUUCCUUUUGAUUAUCUAUUUGGGGCACCUUUAUAUUUUGGCAAUGGUGGUUGUUAUCCAAAUAUUCAUGGCAAGUGAACUCUUUAAUCUACUCAGAAGAGCUCAUGAAGAUAAACGCUUGCCGGGGUUUAGGAUCUUGAAUUGGCACUUUUACUUCACAGCUAUGCUGUUUGUAUAUGGUCGCAUUCUCAGUCACCAGCUCGUGAACACAGUAACUUCGGAUAAAAUUUUCUACAAGCUUGUUAGUAAGCUCAUCAAGUAUCAGAUGGUUAUUUGUUAUUUCUUAUACAUAGCAGGUGUCAUGUGGUUCAUUCUUACACUAAAGAAGAAGAUGUAUAAAUAUCAAUUCGGGCAGUUUGCAUGGACACACAUGAUUCUCAUCGUUGUCUUCACUCAGUCUGCAUUUACCGUAGCCAACAUUUUCGAAGGCAUCUUCUGGUUCCUUCUCCCGGCAUCACUAAUUGCUGUCAAUGAUGUUGCUGCUUAUUUCUUUGGUUUCUUUUUUGGUAAAACUCCUUUGAUCAAGCUAUCUCCUAAGAAAACAUGGGAGGGUUUUAUCGGUGCAUCAGUUGUGACAACAAUCUCGGCAUUUGUGCUUGCAAAUGUCUUUGGUCAUUUUCAGUGGCUGACAUGUCCAAGAAAGGAUUUAUCAACUGGUUGGCUUCUAUGCGAUCCUGGUCCACUUUUUAAGCCAGAGUAUUAUCCUUUGCCCGGAUGGCUUUCUCGAUGGGUGCUGCCAUGGAAAGAAGUAGCAAUUUUACCAGUUCAGUGGCAUGCUCUAUGCCUAAGCUUAUUUGCGUCGAGUAUUGCUCCAUUUGGAGGCUUCUUUGCAAGUGGUUUCAAGAGAGCUUUUAAGAUUAAGGAUUUUGGCGAUAGUAUACCCGGACAUGGAGGAUUUACUGACAGAAUGGACUGCCAGAUGGUAAUGGCUGUUUUUGCAUACAUCUAUCAUCAGUCAUUUGUUGUUCCCCAAGAUUAUACUGUCGAGAUGAUUAUAAACGAGAUAUUACGCAGCCUUACUUUGGAGGAGCAGCAAAUUCUAUAUACCAAGUUAGGUCAAAUAUUGCAGAAGAGAAUGGAGAAUAGUUUACAUUUUUUCUCCCUCGGGUGAUUGCCAGUCGGACUUGAUAACGAUCUUUGGAGGUCUCUUGUAUGAUCCACACGAACGUAGCACGAAGGACUCGGUUUCUGACGAAGUAGACAGAGGUUUCAGCUGUUAGUGAACUUAGUUUUAUGGCACCAAAGAUUAGAAUGAUCUCUAUUAAUGUUCAUAAUGCAAAUUGAGUGAUGAGAAAAGUGGAACAUAAAAACAGAUAUUUGGUUGGAACUUUUGCAUUUUGGACUCUCUAACUUGUCUUCAAGAUUUGACAUAGAUUUUUACUCUUAGUACUUUUUUAUGUUUGUAUUAGGUUUGGAUUAUACUAGAUCUAAACAAGUUCAAUUAUGGUUUUAUAUCAAA